CUAAUUGAUUACCGCUGACUACGCUGAGCUAAUUGUUUGAGUAUCUGGGGAUCUCCACCACUCAGAUGCGCAGAUUAAUUGCGGCAAGACCGACUAAAAUCCUGCGUUCUAAGGUGCUACUGAUUAACUUUAGCUCUAGCUUUGGUUUUUUCUCGUGUUUGAUGAAAAUGGAUAGACUAGAAAUCACUGGAAUGAGAGUUGAGCCUUGUGUGAACUCACGCUUCAUUCAGCCUUCCAGAGUUGUCUUCAAUCAGGUCAGUACUGUCAAAUAAAGAUUUCAAAACGCCUUUCGAAAAUAAUAAACACACUGGAUAAACUUCGGAAUACCCGGCCAAUUAUUUGCACCUCGCUAUUUAACAAUACUGUGCAACUGUGUUAUGGGGGUAACGCUUCGCUCUUUGAGGGCCCCUGUUGAGGGCCAUUCCAAUCUUGUACCAAGAGUCCUCUGGCUUUGGUACGAGAUUGGGGCUAUUCUAUUUAUAUCCCCCUCCCACAAUGGAUGACAUUUUCUGAGAGGGUCUUCUUCAGUUUUUUUUUCUGAUGGGGGGGGGGGGGGGGGGGGGGGUGGGCAGGUUUUUUUGCUUUUUUUUUUGGGGGGGGGUGGUGUGUUUUUUUUUUUUUUUUUUUUGGGGGGUGGGGGGGGGGGGGGGGGGGGGGGGGGGGGGGGGGGGGGGGGGGGGGGGUUGAAAUUAAGAGAAGUUGUAGGUUGAUCUUAUAGAUGGAGAUGUGUGUAAAUGCUGUUCUUGGGCGUCUGUUGACUGGGCUGCUUUCGCGAUUUUCUUACGUUUUUUUGCUUGUUGUCUUGUGUAUUUUUUUGUGCUGUUUUUUUAGGGGGAGAUGGGGGGUGGGUUGGGGGGGGGUUGGGGACAGGGUUGGGGAGGUGGCUAUUAAGUAAAUAGCCCUGAAGCAUUUCAUAAGGUGACAGAGUAUUCUGAAGUUGCUUCACAAAAAAAUUAUUGUCUAAGGUUUUUUUAUGGAACAGAUUAUACAGAAGAGUAGCAAACUUUUUGUAGAGUAAUGGGUUGUAAGUGUGGGUGGAUGGGAUGUAGAAAUGUUUGUCAUUUUUAGGGUGUAGGACAACAUACCCAUAUCACACCACCCUGGCAAAAUGUUUAUUGAGUACUCCUUCCCUUCCCUUCUCAGGCAAUUGUUUCUGAAGCCUACAUUCUGGCUCAGACCCUUUACUGUGGCACAAAAUUAUUCGCAAAGUACAGAAGCCAUGUGAUGCCUUGACCCUGAAGUCAAGCUAUAGAAAUUUGGCAAAGCUUAGCAAAAUACUUUAAAGUUAAGGUUGUGACUUUCACUGUUCAAAGUUUAAUAUAUUACCAAUCCCAAUUUCUUACAAAAAUCCUGUCAGGGGUAGAGAAGACCUUACAUAGUAUUACUUACCAGUAGUGUUGUUUUUACGAUUCCAACUUAUAAACACAUCUGUAGGACAGUUUUAACAUUAAUUAAGACUUUCUUUCUAUUUUUGACAAAGAAUGGUCUUUCCAGAGAAUGGGACUAUAUCAAAGAACAUGAUGAGUAUGUCUUUUGAUGAAUAAUCACAUAAUAUAAGUUUACCUCUUAAACUGUUCAUAUUAUAUGCAUUAUUCUGAAAUUACUAGAACCCUUGGAGAGUUGAGGCAAGCUUCAUAUAACUGGCUAGAGCACUGACAACUAAGGGCCAAAAAUGUAAACAUUUUAAGAAUAUAUAUUUAACAAUUAAUGAAUGAGGCUGAGUAUCUUAAAAAGAAUUAUGGAGAUCAAGGAGGUUGUUAUCCGUCGAGGCCAUAGGCUGAGCCGGAUAACACCCUUCGAGAUCUCCAUAAUUCUUCAUAUGACAUGAAAGCUGAAUUCAAUAAUUGUUUUAUUAUUCAUUCAAAAUAAUUCCUGGUUUACAAACCACCUAACACGUGCUUACCUCCAGCGAUCCAUCUAUGUUAAGUUCAUCUACGAUAGUGCACGUUUAGGGUUGUUCAGCUCCGCAAAUAUUCUCCAAAUAGCAUACGUUGCCCUUUGAGUUGUCUUCUUGCUGUUCUUGCCAUGUUUUUAGUUAUUUUUUGGCCUAGUUCUUACUCUUGAAACGAGUGAAAUGUCCGCCAUUUUUCAAGUUCACAACCAAAACAACUCAACCUGGUCCCUAGGUCUUCUCGUUUAACGGUGCAUCAACCUGCCAGAACGCUGCAUUUUUGACGUCAUUUCCUCGAUAAACAUAAAAUUUUUUUUGGUCAUCAGUAACUGGUUAUGGUGAAUUAAACGUGUGCUUUUAGCUAAUCAGAAUCAGGGAAAUAUUUUGAAUGAAUAAUAAGUUGUACUUAAUUUUUUAUCUCAGGUAAUUUUUCUUUUUCUUUUGUUUUCGGGUAUGUUAACGUAUGCUAAUGGCGUUGAAACAAAAGAAAAAUGAAAGUUACCUGAGAUAAAGAUCAACUACAACAAUUAUACUUAAAAAUACUAUACAGCCAAACUGGGUUUUCUUUCUUACUCCUUUCUACACUCUCUCAAUGACUUAAAAGUCAAAAUAAGGACAAUGUCUAGAAAGUCUGGACAAUUUCAUUGAAUUAUUUUAUUUUGUUGAAUAUUAGAAUGGUCGGGAAAGAAAAUGGGACUAUCUAAAAGUUCAUGAUAGGUAUGUGAAAGUUUAAUAACAUGUAAACUGGUGAAUGAUGGAAAAGUUUAACUCAUGAGUCACUCAGUCAAAAUCUUCAGUACCAUGUACACUAUUAUUUUUAGUGCUUGGAAUAAUAAUUACCCGAAAUUCCAAGUGAUUACAUAAUAUCCUGCAAUAAAAAAUGAAAUCAAAUUCGAGUUAGAAUACUGGUAAUGUUAUCAAAGAUGUAUCUUUAGUUUCCUGUAUACGUUUUGUACAUGUUACAUAGGUGCAAUCAUGUAAAUUUCAACUGCGUUGGAAGAACUUCUCAUUGUCAUGCAGUACUAUCGAUAAUAAUAUUAUACCAAGAAAACACAACAUCAUUGAUCAACAGUGCAUUAUUAUAUACCUGAGGCAACCUUGUCUACAGGGUCUUCUGUUUUCUGAUAUGGUGGCGACAUCGCUACAUUGGAAAAGCAGAAGACAGUGGGGAUAAUGUUGUGCCAUAGGCACCCCUGUUGAUUAAAGACAAGUGACCAAAAAUGCUGCAAAGAAAACAAAAAAUCUUACACGUUAAGAUCUGUUAAUAAUGAUUAUAAAGGCAUAAAUAAUGGUUACAAAACUCGAGUCUCUUCAGUAUUCAAUUCAAUAAGAAAGGUUCAGCAGUUUUUUGACAAUGUUUGCAAGAAAAAUUCAUGGUCUAAAUAACCUGAUGACUGUGUGUUUCCUUCUUACAGUGUGUGUGCACUGCUAUUCAACACAACAAGGCAAGCUUUUAUACUAGUAAAGCAAUUUCGACCUGGUAAGUUGACAAUGUGACAGCUGGGUUAGAUUACUACGGUUUUCAAUAACUCACAAACUCUGUCGGGACCUUCAAAAGCCAACCAAUGUUUUUGUUCUUCACUGCUGUCAACCAUCUUAGCAGACCUCUCACGAAACAGAACUUUUACUUCAACAAGUUCAAAUGUUUAUGGUUUUUCAUUUGUGAUUGGUGGAUUUUGAUCGAUUUUGUGUUUCUGUGUAUCAGGGUCCAUUGCUUGGGAUAGCACAGUGAAAUUAAUGAUUGAUGGCAGUGAAAGACACAAUUGUAAGCUGGCUAUUGAAUGUCAGAUUUCAUGUGUUAUUGAAAAUCACAGUAAUCCAGAAGUUGUUAAAUAAUUAAAUGAAUAUUACAAAAUGGUUUUAUGGUUCAAUUUUACUUUUUUUUGAGGCAAUAGUGUCAUUAGUUUCACCAAAACAUUUUCAUUGAACUUGACUUUUGAAUACUUCUACUGAACAAGUCAUUGAACUCUAGCAUGUGAUAAUUAAUUAAUGUAACCAUUUUCAAUUGCCAAUAAUUAGCCUUGAUUAGCCCACAUUUUGCAUACUGUGACCAUUGUUUUGAGUAUCUCCUGGGUAAUACAGUCAUCCCAAGAGAAAAUGGAUAACCAAAAUGCCGAUACCUUAUUAUAGGAAAUUAACGCUCCAUGAAAUUAAGGUAUUGGAAAUUAACGUGAAUUUAACAGGAAACGACUUUCGAAUAAAGAAAAUUACCGCGAAGGAGGAGGUAGAAUUUCAUAAUAAAGGAAAUUAACGCGAUCAAUUACGCGAAAUCAAAGGAGAAGAUAUUGACAUCACUUCUGACAGCGACAACCGUGAAGAUGAACUCGAAAUAUUGUAAACCUUCGCCUUAGCUUUUGUGAAAGAUGAAAAAUAAAGGGUAAAUGGAAAGAAAGAAAGCUUGUAGUUAAUGUUUUUAGGUGUCAAGAAUGUCUGGACAGGUUCCAAAAUUGGGUUUAAAAUACUGGAAAUUAAGAGCGCGGAAAUGAACGCUGCACUUAAUUAACGUCGCAGAAAUUAACGCUCAACAAAAUUAACGCGACUUAAAUUAACAUGAAUUUUAACGAUUCGCGUUAAUUUCGUGGAGCGUUAAUUUCCUAUAAUAAGGUAGUUUUGAAAAUUUUUGGAGGAUUAACAAGAUGUAUCAUGGGCAAUUUGAAAACGAUGAAUUAUGAUGUUCCCAUAGAACAAUCUCGUUAUUAUUGCUAACAUUCACUAGUUCACUGACUUGUCAGGGGCACCCAACAUGAAUAUAGUUCAAAACCACUUCAACAUAGCAUUGUUAAACGUAUUUCACUAUUUAAAUGGUAGAUAAAGGCAUAUUUUUAUCCCCUUAAAAUUUUUCAUCUGUUCAGAUUUCGUAGCUGAAAGUCUAGUGAACCGAAAAUUAUCGGGAUCAAAACUUACCUUUUCAAAAAUUUCAGCCAGAAAAAAGGCUCCCACAAAAUCUAGGUGACCUUUUUAGGGUAAAAAUCUGUUAAAAAUGGGCAAUUAUACCAUUUUUUAGAUGUUCAAAAAUCCUAGGAGAGGCAGGCCAGCAAGAAAUUUUACAACAAAUGUUCUGAAAAUUCUACAUCUCAAAUAGUCUUCUGAAGAGGUACUUUUCCGAAAAUUGACGUUGGGUGCCCCUGACUUGUUGGACUACCUGUUUACAUCAAAAAUACAUUGAUAAUGGCUUGAAAUUUAUGUAAAUGGGAACCUCACUGGUGAUUUUGAUUUCCCUCCUAGCUGUUUACAUGCAUGUCAACAGAUGUCUCCACAAGAAAACCAUGAAUGAUGAUAGUGCCAUUUCCAUGACAACUGAAGAUGCGUCAGUCCCUAUUACCGCCCCAUUCACUGAAGGAGUAACUUAUGAAUUAUGUGCUGGAAUCAUUGAUAAAAAUAUGAGCUUACCAAGCCUAAUGAAGCUAGAAAUUCUCGAGGAAUGUGGCUAUGACGUCCCUGAAGAGAACUUGCAAGAAGUUGCUUCAUUCCGUUCGGGUGUAGGAAGCACAGGUGCCUUGCAGACUCUGUUCUUUGCUGAAGUGACAGAUGAUAUGUGUGUGACCAAAGGAGGUGGAAAUACUCAGGAAGGGGAAAUGAUAGAUGUGUUUUAUUUACCUCUAGAAAAAAGCCGCGAAUUUCUGUUUGAUGCUUCCAAGCAUAAACCAGGUGGAUUGAUGUUUGCAUUCAUGUGGUAUUUCAACAAAUUUAAGGUUUAAAAAGACUAUUUGUAAUAAUAAACUCAUGUGUAAACAUCAUUUUCAUGACAAUUAGUGUUAACUUAGCCUGAGUAUCAGGCCUUUCUGGGGGAAAAGUGGAAAGAUUGAAGCGAAAAAGGGAGAGAGCAAAAUCUCCUCUCCCCUAGCCCCUUAGGAAGGCUUGAUACUCAGGCUAGCGUUAACUAACAACAACAUUAUGUAAUAUGGUGACUGUAAACUUCUCAAUAGUCUCAAAAUUCCAUUCAAAUUAACAGCAAACUGACUGCAAAUAUUAUUAAUUCCCUGAGUGUAUCAUAAAGCCU